AUGAUUUAUGCUCUGUACUGGCUAGCUCAGCCGUACGACACUCUUGAGAUAUCAGCUGAGAAAUGCGAUCGACGGCGAGCUAUUAAUGGCAUCGUGACACAAUAUGACGACUUCGACGUCGACGACCUAUGUGGGUGGCGGCGGCGAUGCUGGCUGCCUCCGUCGUCAUCAUCCUGGUCAUCCUGGCAGGAGUGUUGUACUUCGCAGACUUCUCUUCAAGAGCUGCACUGGCAGAUGUAUCAGCAGCCGGAGAUCUCCUACAACUUCUUGAUCGACAGCAGCGGCAAUAUCUACGAGGGCCUCGGCUGGAACGGCACGAACACCAGUAAGAGUUUCGUGUCGCGCUGCAAGGUGGACGUGGCGCUCAUCGGCAACUACAUGGAGCACAAUAUGACGAGGCAGAUGUCGUCGGCACUGCGCUGGCUGCUGGACGAGGGUGUGAGGACCGGCAUGCUGGCGGCCGAGUACCGCCUGCUGGCGCACAACCAAGUCAAGAAAACGCUGAGCCCGGGCCGCUGGGCGCUGAUGGAGAUCGCAGACUGGCCUCACCGCUGCCGCUGGCACUGCGACCGGGGCGUCCCCUGCAUCCGUCCAGCCGACGGCGACGACAGCUCCGGCCAGUAGAUCUGCUUGUUCGAGAAUCCUAUCUUGUCAUCACGAAAUAUCGUUAUGUAACACAGUCGACAACAAACAUGUAAAUAAAUCUGAACUUUCCUAGUA